AUGGGGAAGUCACUUGCCAAUGAGAUUGUUCAAGAGGAAUCACGCGCAGCUCUUGAAAGUCUCUUGUGCAAAGCUCUACAAGGUGAGGAGGAGAAAAGCGUAAUGCUAAAACUGAAAAAGUUUGGUCAAAACACUCAUCCAGAUUCGACUUCUGAUGUGUGUGUUCUUGUGAAUUCAUGCACGAGUCGGGAUUAUACUGAGAAAAUCAUUGGUGUCUGUUUUGUUGGUCAAGACAUCACUAGUGAGAAAGNACCUAAUGAGGCGCAAGUUAAAGACUUGGUGAAUUGGCUGGUGGAGAAUCACGGUGAUGAGUCGACUGGUUUAACAACUGAUAGCUUGGUGGAUGCGGGAUACCCUGGUGCCAUCUCACUUGGAGAUGCGGUUUGUGGUGUGGCUGCCGCGGGGAUUUCUUCAAAAGAUUACUUACUUUGGUUCAGAUCCAAUACUGCACGUGCUAUCAAAUGGGGAGGAGCUAAACAUCAUCCAAAGGAUAAAGAUGAUGCCGGAAGAAUGCAUCCGAGGUCAUCGUUCAAAGCGUUUCUUGAAGUUGCGAAAAGCAAAAGCUUGCCGUGGGAAAUCUCAGAACUUGAUGCAAUCCAUUCCCUGAGGCUUAUAAUGAGAGAGUCAUUUACGAGCUCCAGGCCAGUUUUGUCUGGUAACGUUGUGGCAAGAGGUGCUAAUGAGCUUACUUCUUUUGUGUGUGAAAUGGUCAGGGUGAUUGAAACCGCAACUGCACCUAUUUUUGGUGUUGAUUCUUCUGGAUGUAUCAAUGGUUGGAACAAGAAAAUCGCUGAAAUGACGGGUUUGCUAGCUAGUGAAGCCAUGGGGAAGUCACUUGCCAAUGAGAUUGUUCAAGAGGAAUCACGCGCAGCUCUUGAAAGUCUCUUGUGCAAAGCUCUACAAGGUGAGGAGGAGAAAAGCGUAAUGCUAAAACUGAAAAAGUUUGGUCAAAACACUCAUCCAGAUUCGACUUCUGAUGUGUGUGUUCUUGUGAAUUCAUGCACGAGUCGGGAUUAUACUGAGAAAAUCAUUGGUGUCUGUUUUGUUGGUCAAGACAUCACUAGUGAGAAAGCAAUAACAGAUAGAUUCAUCAGACUGCAAGGAGAUUAUAAGACUAUUGUUCAAAGCUUAAACCCGUUGAUUCCACCGAUCUUCGCCUCAGAUGAGAAUGCUUGUUGUUCAGAAUGGAAUGCAGCCAUGGAAAAGCUUACCGGAUGGUCAAAACACGAAGUGAUUGGGAAAAUGCUACCUGGUGAAGUCUUUGGAGUUUUUUGUAAAGUGAAAUGCCAAGAUUCACUCACAAAGUUCUUGAUCUCUCUGUACCAAGGAAUUGCUGGUCAUAAUGUUCCAGAGAGUUCACUGAUUGAGUUCUUUAAACAUAAGGCAAGAAAUCAAGAAUCCUCUCAACGGUAUCCGAUUUUCACAUGAGCUUCUUGAAUCCUCAGAGAUUUCAGCUAGCCAAAGGCAGUUUCUGGAGACUAGUGAUGCUUGUGAGAAGCAGAUCACGACAAUAAUCGAAAGCACAGAUUUAAAAAGCAUCGAGGAAGGCAAGUUGCAACUGGAAACAGAGGAGUUUCGAGUUGAAAGCAUCUUGGACACAAUCAUUAGCCAAGUGAUGAUUAUGUUGAGAGAGAGGAACUCACAACUCAGGGUUGAAGUUGCUGAGGAGAUCAAAACUCUGCCUCUCUAUGGUGACAGAUCAAAACUUCAGCUCAUUCUUGCUGAUCUUAUGCGCAACAUUGUGAAUCAUGCCCCGUUUCCAGAUAGUUGGAUAGGAAUCAAGGUCUCACGAGGCCAUGAGCUUACACACGAGAAUGACCACUAUAUCCAUGUACUAUUCAGGAUGAUACAUCCAGGUAAAGGACUUCCUUCAGAGAUCCUUAGUGAUAUGUUUGAGACUGGAGAUGGAUGGGUCACGCCUGAUGGUUUAGGGCUUAAGCUUUCACGGAAACUUCUGGAGCGGAUGAAUGGUCGUGUGAGUUAUGUUCGAGAAGACGAACGUUGUUUCUUUCAGGUGGAUAUCCAAGUCAAGACAAUGUUAGGUGUUAAGUCCAGAGGAACACAGGCUGUUUCAAGCAUAAAGUAGAAAUUUUGAGCUACAAGACAUAGUAAAAUUAGUGAAAUUUGGUAGUUUUAAUGCCUGAGUAUAACCAAAUGUAUCAAUGAGAACAAAGGUUUCAUUAUUUAUGACCAAAUAAGACGUAACUCAAGUACACACCUAUGUACACAUUUUUGGA